AUGUGGGUGUAUGCAGGUGCGCAUGUGCCCGUCUCUUCAGCAACAGGAUCUGCUCUAGGUCCUCGCAUGAUCAGGCCGUCCACCCUCGUUCGGAAGCAAACUGCCACCAAACCAAAGAGGGCAGACGAUGAGGGACAAAAGGACGCUGGAGCUGAGAGGUGGGGUCGACAAUCGACAACCGUGUUCACCGGGUUCGAUCUCCCCAUUGGGCUCGCCGACCGUGAGGGGGUCGAGGCAUUCGACAGCAAAGAAGCGGAAGCUUCCUGCGGCCACCUUUGA